CUAUAACAUUGGGAAGAACGGAACGUCUUGAUGACCUUUUGACCUUUGGUGGAUCAAAUGCGCGUCUCCAGCGGUCUGUACUGCAUUUGGUGACGAGUUCACACAGAUGCAUGUGUUCCCCUGGGAGUGAAGGGGCUCAGCGUCCCAUCAGGGUGUCACUGUCUAACAGUUCCCCCAGCUUGGUGGAGCCCGAUUUGCGCGGUUGGCAGAUCGGCCGGGAGAGGCUGGUUGGAAGUUUUAAGUUGCUGUGCCAGGGGACGUUUGGGCCCAUUUACCAAGGCCAACUCGCACCCAUCGGAGAGGGGAAGGAGAGGCCUGUCGUCCUGAAGGAACUGAACGCGUCGGCCGAUCGCUCCCAGGCUCAGCAGUUCCUGGCCCGUGGCAAGUUCCACGUUCUCCUGGGGAGCCACCCCAACAUCGUGGAGUUCCUGGGCUCCAGCAGUGACCGUUCGCCCCUCUACCUCGUGCUGGGCCACAUGAACCGAGGCUGCCUCCUGCACUUCCUCUGGACGUGUCGUAAGGUACCGGGAGCCGGGUUUUCGGUUGCGGGGGGGAGCGCGGAGCCGUAUCGGGAGCGUUGGAGGCGCAGGGAGCGCCGUAGCAGGGACUUACGAGCCAGGCACGUUGGCCGUCCGCUCCAGAACUUCCUCCAUUCCCAGGGGCUGGUCCAUGGGGAUGUAGCAGCUCGGAAUCUCUUGAUCCAAGAUGAUCUCCACGUGCGGCUCACCGGAUUGCAGAUUCCCUUCGAGAUCCAGAGGCUGGGGCUGGUCACCUCUCAUCACAACGUCCCCCUCAAGUGGCAGGCCCCUGAGACCCUCAUGAGGAAACCCCUCACUCCCUACUCCGAUACGUGGUCUUUUGGAGUCCUGCUGUACGAACUCAUCACUCUGGGUUCGCCACCCUACCCUGAUGUAGCGCCCAGUUCCAUCCUACAGUACCUCCAGAGGGGACGCCGGAUGCCUCAGCCCCCGAAUUGUAAAUCCCCUCUGUACUCCGUGAUGAAACAGUGCUGGCAGUGGAGGUUCGAGGCUCGGCCCAGUGCCCUCGAACUCAGGAAGCGCCUCCUCACUCAGCUGGAGCGAGCAAACAACUCGGUCGUCCUGCGAGUGGCCACGAGGGUUGAGCCAGAGGAAUAUCAUGGCCUGGCCGGGACGUGGGCCCUGGACUACACUGUCCUGUAGGGCG